GUUCUGCGUGAGCUAGCUAAUGUGCUAAAGGCUAACUAAGAAUACAAAGAGGUCUUAACUUUUUUGCAAGCAUAUAAGAUCGUUUGAAGUCUGAAAGGGCAUUUGAGACCUUAUCAAAUCCACAAUGAGCAAGAGGAAAGCGCCACAGGAAUCACUAAACGAAGGAAUAACAGACUUUCUUGUGGAGCUGGCCAAUUACGAGAAAAAUGUCAACAGGGCAAUACACAAGUACAAUGCAUACAGGAAAGCAGCAUCUACCAUUGCCAAGUACCCUAACAAGAUCAGAAAUGGUGAAGAGGCCAAAAAACUGGAUGGUGUUGGAGCUAAAAUAGCAGAAAAGAUUGAUGAGUUUCUACAAACUGGCAAAUUACGGAAACUAGAAAAGAUCCGAAAUGAUGACACCAGCUCUUCCAUCAAUUUCCUCACCAGAGUUACUGGAAUUGGCCCUGCUGCCGCCAGGAAGUUUUUUGAUGAAGGGGUGAAGACAUUAGAAGAUCUGAAAAAGAUCGAGCACAAGCUAAACCAUCAUCAACAGAUUGGACUGAAGUACUUUGAGGAGUUUGAGAAAAGAAUUCCACGUGCUGAAAUGGAAAAGAUGGAGACACUGAUUCUUGGAGAGUUGAAGGAAAUUGAUACAGAAUAUAUUGGAACAAUCUGUGGAAGUUACAGGAGAGGUGCUGCAUCGAGUGGUGAUAUUGAUAUCUUGCUGACCCACCCAGACUACACCUCUCAGACUGAGAAGCAGCCCAAGCUCCUCCAUGCCGUGGUCAACCAUUUGGAGUCCAUUGGCUUUGUGACCGACACUCUGUCCAAAGGAGACACCAAGUUCAUGGGAGUCUGCCAGCUGCAGCCGAGUGAUGAAGAUGAGGAAGAAUACCUUCACAGGCGCAUUGAUAUUAGGUUAAUUCCCAAGGACCAGUACUACUGUGGAGUUCUGUAUUUCACUGGAAGUGAUAUCUUCAAUAAAAAUAUGAGAACUCAUGCUCUGGAGAAGGGCUUCACUCUUAAUGAGUACACCAUACGACCACUUGGGGUCACUGGUAUGGCAGGGGAGCCUCUGUUGGUGGAUAGCGAGAGAGACAUCUUUGAAUACAUCCACUACAAAUAUAGAGAGCCAAAGGACCGCAGCGAGUGAAGUUACAGUUACAUAUGUAAUUAAGGCUAGAGCUUUCCUGCAAACAAGAUCAGGAGCAUGGGUUUGUGUGUUAGUCUUUUAUAUACCAUUCAACUAUGUUAUUGAAAAGAAAACAACUGUGAAAGUCAUUGUAAUUAUUUGUUUUGGACAUUUGGACUAUUAAUGAAAUUUUAAACUAAACACACAUGCUCUGCACAACCAAAUUGUUAUUUUGUUUUUACCUUAAGUUUAAUCAUCCAUGGUUGUGUAUGAAGAUAUAUGGGCUCACAUGUUUAAGAAGGUUUUUAAAUCAUGCUCAAUGGUAAUUUAUUCUAUUUAAAUUUUUUUACCACACCUGUGUACAUUUUAGUUUUUGAUAUUCCAGAAAAUGAUUUCAACAUAACCUGGGAAGAGCAGUCUUAAUGUGAACUAGCUUUUGUUACAAUUGUUACUCGUCCAUCAUGAACAAUGACGACUCUAUCAUCAACACUAUCAUGACAGUUGUGUAUUUAAACACCUUUGGCUGAGUUCUGCCAAAGGUGUUUAUGGUGUAGUUGUUACACAUUCAAACAAGGCUGCAGUAUUGCUACUAUAUCUUAGUAGUUUUUGUUUUUUUUUAAAUAAACUCUCCAUGGAAAUUUAAGCAUGUGUUAUUAAACCUGUAGUUCUCUGCCAAUACAGGCAAACUAAUAAAUUAGGAAGAAGAAAUGCAAUGAUGCAAAUAAUAUUUGUGUUUAAUUGGCUCAGUGUCUAGUUAUAGACACUAAUUUUUGACAAAUUGUGUUCUUUUAUUUUCUUUAUAUUUCCUCAGUUUUUGAUUGGUGUGGGAAUAUGACUGUUAUAUGUAGAGACUUGGAUCUAUUGCAUGUGGUUGUGUGAAAAUGAUAACGUGUGUAAGUUAGGGAAUUAUUUUAUCUUCAGUUUUUAAGGGGGCAUUUGAAAGCAGUAGAUAAAAGUAAUAAAGUUAACCAGGUACCUGGAUACUGCUACAGUGUAUCUUGUGAUUUCAUCUGUAACACAGAACCUGAAUAUUAGUCUGUUCUGUAUGUGGAUGAUUGCAAAUAGUUCAGAAAAUAUUUAAGAAAAAAAACUAUUUAAAACAGUGGGGUUGUUAACCUCCAACUGUUAAGUUUGUUUAUGUAGGAGUAAAAUAAAUGGUAGUGUGAAAAAUUAUCAUUGAAAAGAUGUUUAUUAUAAAUAUAGACACUCUUUUAAUGAAAAUGGGAUGCCGUUGAUUGGGCUUUUUGGCUAUAUAAGAUAAGAUAGAAUAGAACAUGUUUCUUCUCAUCACAAAAACAUUUUCCAGUUGUAAUAAAAUUAUCUGGUAAGGUACAUAA